GUUUUGUAUGUUUUUUUUGAUCCAUACACGCGUUUUUUGUUUUUGCGUACAUGCGGUUUGUUUUUGAAUGCAGAUGCAUAUCCGUUUAUAACUGCUCCCGAUCCGUUUUCCCUCUUUUAUGUUGACAAAGGUCAAAAUCAUCCCACAUCACUGUGAAACCCCAAUCUCUAAAACACUGGAAGGCGAGUGAGAGAAAUCCAUGUAAUCCGAGUCCGAGCACGAGCAUUGGCAUUGGCAUGGAGAGGGGAAGCAUCAGCAGCGAACAGAGACUACAGUCCCUUGAGCGUCGCAUUGAGGAGAAGGAGAAGCAACUCGGCUCCGUUAAACGCCAACUCGGCCGCGAAAUCGACGCCAAAGAGAGGGAAUACGACGUCGUUCGGAGGAGGGUCGAAGAACGGAACCGAGAGUUGGAAGCCAAGACCAACCAGUUGGAGUCCGUACAGAGGAGGAUCAGCGAAUGCGACAGGGAACUGAGGCUGAAGGAGGAAGAAUGCAACUGGAAACUCGACAGGAUGCACCGCGUGAUCACUGAGCGCCAAGAGCUUUACCAGAAAACGCAGAGGGACAUUCAGGAUACUGACCGUGAACUCGCCGAGAAGGACGCGCGCCUCUGUUUGAUCGUGGACUUGAUUAGAGAGCGAGAGCAAGAGUUGAGGGCCAAGGACGCCGAGUUCCAUCAGCUUUACGACAGAGUUCACAUGAUGCAAGACGAUGUCAGGACUCUUACCAACAAAGUCGCUGAACGCAACGAGGAGCUUAGGACCAAAGAGGAAGAGCUUGAUGUGGUGCGGAGGUUGAUUAACGAGCAAGGCAGUGACACCGUCAAGUCCAUGCGUGCGAGGAUUAAUCAGCUUCUUCGCGAGGUUCGAUCUAGCAGGGAAGAGAUUGUUUCUCUCAACUGCUUCAUGGAGAAAAGAAGUCUGGAGUUUGAAAAGAAAGAGAAGGAUUUCGAGGCAGCCAGGAAUAAGUUUGAGGAGAUAGUCAGGGAGUUGCAGUCAAAAGAUAAGCAAUAUGAAGUAACAGGGAAGGAGCUUGAGUUAAAAGAGGCACGGUUUAAAGUGCAAUUGAAGGAUUUUGAGUCUAAAGAGAAGCGCUUUGAAGGACAAAUGAAGGAUCUUGGGUUCAAAAUGAAGCAAUUUGAAUGGAAAGAGGCACGGUUUGAAGGGCAGGUGAAGGAGCUCAAGUCAAAAGAGAAGUGGGUUGAAGAACAAAUGAAGGAUCUUGAGUUCAAAAGGAAGCAAUUUGAAGGGAAACAGAAGGAGCUUGAAUUGAAAGAGGCACAGUUUGAAGGGCAGGUGAAGGAGCUCAAGUCAAAAGAGAAGCAGUUUGAAGAACAAAUGAAGGUUCUUGAAUUCAAAAUGAAGGAAUUUGUAGGGAAACAGAAGGUGUUUGAACUGAAAGAGGCACGGUUUGAAGGGCAAGUGAAGGAGCUUGAGUCUAAAGAGAAGGGGUUUGAGGAACGAGUGAUGAAUCUUGAGUCAAAAGAGAAGCAAUUUGAAGGUCAAGCAAAGGAGCUUGAAUCAAAACAGAAGCGUUAUGAAGGCCAGGUAAAGGAACUCCAAUCAAAACAGAACCAAUUUGAAGGACUGGUACGUGCACAUGAGUUGAAAGAGAAGCAAUUUAAAGGAGAAGUCUGGGAGCUUGGUUCUAGAGAGAAGCAAUAUGAAGGAAGACUGAAAGAGCUUGAGUCAAAUGAGAAGCUGUAUGAAAGAAAAGUCAGGGAGCUUGGUUCUAGAGAGAAACAAUAUGAAAGAAGAGUAAAAGAGCUCGAGUCAAAUGAGAAGCUGUAUGAAAGAAAAGUCAGGGAGCUUGGUUGUAGAGAGAAACAAUAUGAAAGAAGAGUAAAAGAGCUUGAGUCAAAUGAGAAGCAGUGUGAAAGAAGACUGAAAGAGGUUGAGUCAAAUGAGAAGCAAUAUGAAAGAAAAGUGAAAGAACUUGUUUCAAAUGAGAAGCAAUAUGAAAAAAGAGUGCUUGAGCUCAAAUCAAAUGAGAAACGGUUUGAAAUACAAGUGAAGGGGCUCGAGUCAAAAGAGAAGCAAAUUGAAGGACAAACGAUGGAUCUUGAGUCCAAAAAGGAUCAAUAUGAAGGACAAGUGAAGGAGCUUGAGUCAAAAGAAGCACGGUAUAAAGUGCUACAUGAGGAGCUCGAGUCAAUACAGAAGCAGAUUGCAGGGCAAAUGAAGGAUCUUGAGUCCAAAAAGAAUCAAUUUGAAGGACUAGUGAAGGAGUUUGAGUUAAAAGAGAUACAGUUUAAAAAGCAACUGAAGGAGCUCAAGCAAAAUGAGAAGCCGUUUGAAGGAAAAGUAAAGGAUUCUGAGUCAAAACAGAAUCAAUCUGAAUCAUUAAGAAAAUCAUUUGAAGAGGAACAAGUGUCGAAACAGAAGUCCAAUGACCAACAACAGUUCACAGAUGCCAACAGUUCAAACAACAGUGCAAAUCUCUUUAACCAACAACAUCUUACAGAUGCAGAUAAUAGCAAGAAUUUACUUUUGUUCAUUAAUCUUUUGGAAAAGUAUGAGUUGAUGUGUAGUCAAGUCUCUAAUGCUCUCCAAACAUUUGCUAACCCUACUAAGCUGGUGCUAGAUACAAUAAAAGGUUUUUACGCUUCUCAUUCAAGGCAAGAACUUAUUGAAUAUGGUGCCAGUAUCUCAAGGAGAAUCUGUAAUCUUUUAAUGGAUGAAUUAAAGAAAUCUUCGCCAGUGAUUGGGAUUCGUGUUAAGCAAGAAGCAAAGAAAUUGGCAAGUCACUGGAAGGCAAACUUAGUUGUGGGUGAUAAGGAUUGUUUGGAGGUUCUGGAUUUUUUUAAGUUUGUUGCUACUUAUGAGAUUGGUUCAUCUUUCGAUGCAAUUGAGCUUCAGAGGCUUCUAGAUAUAAUUUCCCUGCAAUAUCAAACUCUGCAUGCCCUUGGUAAAACUGAAGAACCUCCAGUUUUAUCUUACACAGAUAAUCAAUCGAGUCCCACCAUUGAUGGAAGAAAUUUGCAGUUUCCCUAUAUUGAGCACACAAAUGAGUUUAUUAGCGCCAACAUGUUAGUUGAUCUCCAUCCAUCAUCAGAUCCAGCAAAAGUUGUUUUGGAUAUGAUUCAGAUCCCUAUUGGUUCAGAGAAAAAGGGAGGCGAAGGUGUUAUUAUCAUUGAUGAGAGCCACAUCUUUCUGUUGGAACAGUUGAUGAGAAUCUCACCACGGGUCAAACCCCAUGUAAGAGAGGAGGCGCAGAAGAUAGCAUUCAAUUUGGAAGCGAACAUCAGAGAAAGUGCUGAAAACUCUUUGACAAUUCUGGGCUUUCUAUAUCUAUUGUCCAUUUAUGGAUUGGUUUCUCAUUUUAACAAAGAUGGACUCUUAAAGCUCUUUGAAUCUGCUGCUCAGCACAAGCAAGCUGUAGAGCUGUUUCGGACUCUUGGUUUUGUGGAUAAAAUCUUUGAUUUUGUUCAGAAUCUUAUUAUGAAGCAGCAGCACAUAGUAGCUGUUAGAUUCAUUUGUGCAUAUAAGUUGGCCGACAAGAUCCAACCAGUUGAUCUCUUGCGACAACAUAUAGAGAAAGUAAAGUCGGUCACCAAGAGGUUUGUUUGCAAAAAAAAGUCCAUCGAACAAAAGCUUAAGGCCAGGGAUGAAGAAAUUGCUAGUCUGGGAACUGUUCUAAAGUGCAUUUCAGAGAACAACCUAGAAUCUCAGGAUCUAGUUAAAGAGAUUAAUGAACGCAUUGUUGAUCUAGAGCAGCAGAAGGAAAAUAUUGUUCGUUCAGCCUCAGGACCUUCCUCCAAAGUUGAAGUGCAGCAACCUGAAGAAAAGACAUGUGCUGGAGAAGCAGUCACCCAAUUGCAAAAGGCUGGAGAAAAGCAAUGUGACAAUGAAGCAGUGACCGUAACCGUGCACAAACCUGAAGAAAAGAAACGUGAUACUGGGGUACUCCUCCCCAUUAAUAAUCAGUGGGGCAACAUCAGCAAACGUCCUCGGACAGCUGUAACUCACCCUCGGUUCACUCCUUCUCCCCAAUACCAGCGUGUGUUUAUGCCUGUGCCCGGUGCCCCGCAGUUUGGUUUACCCGCAGCCUACUUUGUUCCUGCUAAUUCUAUGGGUGUGGCUCGGUCUGGAAACACUGGAACACAUUACUGUGGUAACUCUAGGCCAUAUCCUCCUUUUAGAUGACCUCCUUUGAAUAUGUUCAUUACUUUCUGUAAUUUUGGUAGUUUUUGCUGCAAAGCUGUGCAUAUGGAAUUCAUUUAUCGGAAGCAUCUCCAACCGUGCUUAUCUCAUGGUGGAGUUUGCUUAAAUCAUUUUUAGUAGACUCUACAUUCUUGUUGCAUGGGAUUUAAGAACCUUGACAAGCUUUCUCUCUAAUGUUACAACUUUUUACAACUUA